AUGACAGUCGAUAACGUACCCCCUCCCUCUCCCGUAGGCUCCCGGACCUCUACCGACUCUUCUCGAAGCGAGACCUCGCGCACUCCGCCGGUAGUACUCGGAGUAUGUGCCAUGGACGUCAAGGCCCGUAGCAAAGCCAUGCGAGAGAUUUUGACCCGUUUGAACGAUAUCGAACAAGGAGGUGUGGACGUCAAAAUCUUUGGAGAUGUUGUGAUUUUGGAGGAAGACAUAUCACAUUGGCCCCCCGUAGACGUCCUCAUUUCUUUCUUCUCAACGGAUUUCCCACUUCCAAAAGCUAUAGCCUAUACACAGAUACCUACUCGUCUUCCACCGAUAUCAAUCAACUCUCUCGCAAUGCAGAGUCUUCUAUGGGAUCGCAGACUUGUACUUGCUAUCCUGGACCAUAUCGGAGUUCCCACCCCAAGACGAGUGGAAGUAUCCAGAGACGGUGGACCGAAAGUCGACGCGGCUUUGCGUAAAAGGGUAAGAAGAGAUUUGGGUUUGGUACUACCUGGACCAAAAGUCAAGGAUGAGGAUCAAUGGGGACCUGUUGUCGUACCGGAUAGAUGGAAGGGGAAGAAGAAGAAAGAGGAUGUAGCCAGGAGUAAAGAGGUAAUUCUUAGGGAAGAUGGGAAUGCGAUCAUAGUGGACGGUGAGGUGUUUGAAAAGCCUUUUGUGGAAAAGCCAGUGGAUGGUGAGGAUCAUAAUGUAUAUAUCUAUUAUCGGGGCGAGAAAGGUAAGAGGGGGGGAGGGAGAAGGCUGUUCAGGAAGGUCGGCAACAAAUCUAGCGAGCUAGAUCCGUCUCUUUGGCAUCCCCGCACGGUCGGUUCGUUCAUCUACGAAGAAUUCAUCAACGUAGACAAUGCCGAAGAUAUCAAGAUUUACACCGUCGGACCAAAUUUCUGUCACGCCGAAACCAGAAAAUCACCCGUGGUAGAUGGUUUAGUGCAACGCAAUGCGGACGGUAAAGAAACCCGAUUCAUCACCAAACUAUCACCUGACGAAGAACAAUCUGCCAGAGAUGUCGUGGAAGCGUUUGGUCAACGUGUUUGUGGGUUUGACCUUCUUCGAUGUGAUGGGGGAAAACGGAGUAUGGUAAUUGAUGUGAACGGGUGGAGUUUCGUCAAGGGUAAUCAAGCGUACUACGAUAAAGCUGCGGAGAUUUUGUCAUCGGUAUGCAGGAUAGCAAGGGAACGCAGGAUGUUGUCCAUUAAACCUGGGACUGUACCCCCUCCCACCACUGUCGACCUUCCUUCUACUUCCAUUAGUACAUUACGAGCCACGGUGAGCGUACUUAGACAUGCGGAUCGAACACCAAAGAUGAAGCUCAAGUUUACGUUUCCCGCCGCUGAAGCCUGGACCCGACCGUUUCUAUCACUCCUUAGAGGACAUCACGAAGAAAUCAUUCUCCGUGACCCUCGUCAAUUGGCUUUCAUCCUUACCGCAGCUGAACAAGCGGAGAAGUCACCUGGAAUAUCUCCUGACAAUCUGGUCAAGUUGUCGCAACUCAAAGAAGUAUUGAGGAAGAAGAUGACUCUUUCGGGGACGAAAGCACAAUUGAAGCCGUCUUUCAUCAAGAAGGGAAAGAGUAAGAUUGGUACGGAGGACAAUGAAAAUAAACCGGAGAAAAAGGUCAAGAAAGAAAACGCAGGGAGUGAUGACGAAGAUCAGUUGACAGAGACGGAAGGAAGGAACAAAGUCAAUGAAUGGCUUCGCGGUGGCCCACCCAUCAGUAAGAGAGGUGAUGGAUUGGAGACUCGACCUCAAACACCGGAUAUGAAGGACCUCAUCAAUGGUGCUUAUGGAUAUGAGGCUUGGAUUCCUGAAGGGCUCGAGAAAUUACAGUUGGUAGUAAAAUGGGGAGGGAACUUUUCUCACGCUUCACGUUAUCAAGCGAGGGACUUGGGGGAUGCAUUCAAGAAAGAUAUUAUGAUCAUGAACAAGGAUGUUUUGAACAAUGUCAAGAUCUAUACAUCGUCUGAACCCCGUGUAAUCAACACUGCGGAGAUCUUCGCGCAAUCCCUUCUGGGCGUUGGUACUUCAUCAACCCCUGGCAGUCAAAUUGUCCCUCGCGUCCCAGACCCUGCACCUCAGAUCUCUCAUCUGAUCCAACGUCGAGACCUACUGGAUGACAACAACGCCGGUAAAGAGAAGAUGGCCGAAACGAAGAAAAAGCUCAAGAUUUUGCUUCGACCAGGUGAAAGUGAAAAACGUCCUGACCUCGCUUGGCCAAAGGGGUUGAAGAAAGAACCAGUUGACGUCGUGACCGAAGUCAUCGAACAGCUCACGGAACUGCGAAUGAUUAUGCGGAGGAAUUAUGAGAAUGGUAAUGUGGAUAGAAUACCUCAACAGAGAUGGUGUUCUGGUGAUUCGCCUUGGCUGUUCAGGGAGAGAUGGGAGAAGAUCUUUGAAGAUUGGGUGGGGGUGAAACAGGAAAAGUUUGAUCCCUCAAGGGUGUCUGAGUUGUACGACAGUAUCAAAUAUGACAGUCUUCACAAUCGUACCUUCCUCUUUGCCGUCUUUGAUCCAGAGGGUAAAGGUCAAGCUAGUAAACCUAACACGGAGAACCAAGAUCGACGACUACACGAGCUGUACGCCAGAGCGAAAGCAUUGUUCGAUCUCGUAGGUCCACAAGAAUAUGGGAUAGAUCAAGAGGCGAAAGAAGAAAUUGGGGUUUUGACUUCGUUACCUUUGUUGAGGAAAGUAUGGGGAGAUUUGGAAGAAGCGAAAAAUACCGGAAAAUCUCUAGCUUGUUUCUACUUCACGAAAGAAUCUCACAUUACCACAUUCGUACAUCUCCUCCUAGCCUCCGGAUUACCAUUCACAAAUAUCCGUAUUCCCGAACUUGACUAUUGCUCUCAUUGCACCAUUGAACUAUGGGAGAAAUCUUCUGGGAACGCUUCUAAUAGAGGUCAUAAGGAUUUUUCUAUUCGUUUGUCGAUUUCUGAAGGUGCACAUAGUCCUGCGGUGUUGGACAGUAAUGUGGAUGCUCGCCACAGUCUCACAGUUCAACCACGCAAGAAAUUAACCUCUCACGUGGAUUAUGAACUCGCUCGUGAAUGUUUCUCCAAACAUUUCGGCAAGAGCAUGUCUUUUUCCACCACCCCAUUGGAAGGUGACGAAGUGUAUUUGAAGAAGAGUAUACAAGAUGAGGCUGUUUUACCUUUAUCUUUGGCCGGUCGAAUGGGUGAAGAAACCCCGAGAGUCAUGUCGUCUGCUUCUAGCGUAGGGACGAACGAGGGAUGGUGA